AUGCUUCAGGCCUCUGCCUUGUCAUUUAUUGCCCUCUCGAUUGGACAUACAAUCGGAGGAAGACAAUGGACCCUUGAUCCAGCAUUUACCCUCAUCCCAGGUACUAAACCAUGGGCCUGUGCCAUUGUUGGCUGGUACCAAGGAAGCGCCUUUUUCUUCAUGACUGGCCUCCUGCAUUAUCAGUGGUCCCGUAAUCCCCGGGCGCUUUACGAUCCUACUAACAAAGCCAUCGCGAUAAUUUGCAAUGCGCUUCUGUGGACAAGUUCCGCAUGGUAUUUCCGCACCGGCAUUAAGGAGAAUGGCUGGGUGGUGGGAUCCGCGGCUGCGUUGCAGGCUUGUGCUGUGAUUAGGGCAUGCUGGUGA